AAAAGUGACACGGUGCAAAUUCCGUUCUCAACAAUGACAACUUGCGGGAAGCGCCCUGCGUGAUCCACGUGACCGCGGCCGGCCGUGACCCCGGAAGUUGACGUUCAGGCGCCCGGAAUGGUGACGAUGGCUACAGGAGUAGACCAAUUAGUUGGAAUGGGACUAGUGGGAUUCAGCUUGGUAGUUUUCACAUAUUACACCAUUUGGGUCAUUGUGUUGCCAUUUGUGGAUAGUAAACAUAUUCUUCACAGCUACUUCUUACCACGGGAAUAUGCUGUGAUCUUGCCGGCUGUCGCUGGUCUGCUCCUGGUUUUAUUAGUGGGAACAUUUAUUGCUGUGGUAAUGUGGAAAAACAGAAAGCCUGCAAAGAAAACAGAUUAAACAGAACUCAAAUAAGAACUGCAAGAUUACUUCAUUGUGAGUUUGUGCAGAUCAAAAUAAAAACAGAAUAACGACAAAGGAUUACAGAUAGACAGCAAAUUUAUAGAAUAAACUUCUGCUUCAUCGAUAGUUGUGAGAAGCUGUCACAUACUGUUUUUUUCCCUAUUUGCUGUAUUAUCUUAAUACCUGAUUCUAGUCAGUAGUGAUAUUUUUCCAGUUUCGGUUAUGGACACCUGUAUUUGCUGGUGUUAGAGGUUACAUGCUACUAUAAAACCUAAACAUUUUUUUUCAGUCAAUAAGGCAUAUCUGUAAUCAAAAAGCUUGUUUUCGGAAUUUGAGUACAACUUGGACUUGUGCAUACGCAUGUUGAAGACAAAUCUAAAAUACCUCUAGACAGAAAAUGUAUUUUUUGGAGAGGAUUGUUCCUAUUAAGGAAACUUGACUCGCCCCAACUACUGCAGAACACAGGAAGUACUGGUUGAAGAGUUUUAAUUCAUGGGUUUAAGCCUGCACCAAUUCAUAAUGUCAUAUGUCCAUGUUUCCUCUCUUAACAUGACUAUAACUAAGGUCUUGGCAGUGUACUGCAAGCAAGUGUGCAAUGAAAGAAACAUGACAACUUCUCACAAGCUUAGAGUAUUUUAGAGAGUAAUGUCGCAGUUACAAUUAACUCACAAGGAAAUUAAUGCAACGUUAUUGAACAGCAAACUACAAAUUGUUUAAUCCCUAAACCUGAGGUGUGGGGAAAAGAGAUGAAGACUUCUAUGCAUUCCUGGAUAUUUUGGAAAUUUACUUGAAGCAUCCAUUUCUUGCAGUAUAUAUAUAUUUUUUAAAACUCCUGUUUGUAAUUAAUUUAGGAAAUCCAGUGGACAUUAUUCUUAAAUCUGACAUUUCAGUUUCUUGGAGUUUCAUCUCAGACAGGUGAGAUUUUCAGAAAAUUAUUUCUCAAGAUGUAGGUGAUGCUGGCAAGGUUGGCAUUUAUUUCCUGUCCCAGGUUGUCCUUGAAAAGGUAUCAGAUUGCUGCCCUUCAACACAAUAAUUUCUGUGGUUGUGGUUCUCUACUGUUAAGCCAGGUGGAGAAUUCCAGGAUCUUGUUUGGGGUGGUAGUGGUGCGACCUGUGAAGUUUUCUGGUACUGGUGUUGUUCCUUGAAUGUUUAAGUGAUGGAGACUCUAGGUUUCAACAUGCUGCUGAAGAAGCCUUGACAAAUGAUUGCAAUGGAUCCUGAGGGUAGUCCAUACUUUAUUCAGAAUGGGCCAGUAUUGCAGAGAAUGACUGAACUGCUGGUCUAGCAUGGUGCUUUAUCCCUGCUGUGUUAUGAAGUAAAAUCAGAACCUGACUUUGCACUUGCAGGUCUUCCACAAUGACAGAGUGAAAUGGUAAUUAGAUUGCAAAGUAAUCGGGAGUAUAACCAGUCACUUGCAGUUUUAAGGACAACUUGAAUUGUGGGAGAGUAAUGCUGAAAAUGUUUUUUUGUUAAUAAUAAGCACAUUUUGUAUCAUAAAUUGUGCACAAGAAAAGAUAUACAGGAAUCCUAUUGCUACAUUUAUAUCUAUUUGCACGUGGCCUUUUACAGUACAUAGUAAAGGGCAUAAUUCUACUUGCAGCUCGUUUUAUAUUUUAUGAUUCAUAUAAAGAACAAUAAAAUAAUUUCAAAAUGAAGGAUAAAGAUGUUCAGUUUGUUGUAAAAUUAGAAUUUUUUGAUGUUGGAUCAUGAGUAAAGAUUUACUGAGACGUCUACAUUUUUAAUGGAAAGCAUAGUGUUUGCAAUCUGUUCUGGUUUUUCCUCUGCCCAAAAUAUUAGUUUAUAUUUUAAUUUGCACCAUAGUGAAUUUUUUUUUAUUGAAGUAGAAUAACAACACCACUUCAUCCAGAUAAAAUGGAAACUCGCAUGAUCCAGUCUUUAUGUGAAAAGUAUAGAAGAGGCCUUGUUUCAGUUUACUCACAUUUACUGUCUUGACUCUUCUGUUACUUCAAUGACUGUAUUGUUGCUAUUUCCUUACGUCAUUACGUUUACUAAGAUUUUCCACCCGCCUUUCAUUUUCGCACAGUCCAUCUCCAAUUCUUUCCGUUCUGGAUCUUUCUAUCUAAAUCUCAGUGGAUAAGUUAGCGACAAGCUUCCAUUACAUCUCUCUCCAUCAGUGUGGUUUAUUUUUCUGUAUGCUCUGCAUUGUGCAGCUUUUAUGCUCUUUGUUUUGUGAUUACUCUUGCUAACUGCCCUAAUUUCACAACUAUCAAGUUUUUCUUUGUCCACAUUAUUUCCUUCAUUAACUCAUUAAGUAAGUUAUUUCAUCAACCAGUUAUCCCCAUAGCAAACCUGACCUCACACAGUGAUAUUUUCUUUGCAUUAUCUAUCUUGACCCUACUACCCAUGGAGUUUAAAAAUAAUUUGUUUUCUUUGUUUCUGGUGAACACAGCAGGCCAGGCAGCAUC